AUGUUGCCAAGCAAUAGUGUAUGUGAACCAUCGCCUUCAGAUGUCACACUUACUGUUGACAACUCAGGAAGAACGCUUGUUAGAUUCACUUCAAGAAGCAGGACCCCAUCGCCUGCUUUAGCAAUGAAAGAGGGUCAAAAUGACAGUGAAAGUAGUACAGAGAGUGAGACAGUUCAGUGCACAAGAACAUUUGCUUCAGCGAGCUUGGGUCUCAGCGGUAGUUCUGGUACUAAACUGAGUGAAACAGCUUAUUUUGCUGCUAUGAAUAAACUUACCAAUGAUAGUGGAUGGACUUUACCAGUUUUUGAUCUAGAGAGUUUGCGACAGGUAGGUUACGGUAAAUAUGUAGUGUCCAGAUAUAGGGUUGCAAGCUAGCAGCUUCUGAGGCCCCUGGUACUGACUUUUUCUCUUGGGUGACUAGGAAAUCUUCAGCUUUUUCAUUGAUAGAAAACCAAUGCUGGGCACACUGGAUUUCAUAAUUAUGUUCAGAGCACUGGGCUCCCUUCAAUUUUUCUUUAGGUUUUGUGAACUGACAAUUUGACCCCAUGAUCUUGGUGCAUUUGUGAUGAGACUCAUAGUAUCUUUCUCAUGACCUUAUUUCUGCCUCUGAGCCUUUUAUGUUUGCCGUCAAUGUCUAAGAUUUUUUAAACAAGGGUCUUGAUGUCUUGGCAAGUCUCUUAUUUUACCAUUUUCUCUUCAUCAUUGCUGCAUGGUCCAUCUGUUCAUGUUAAUAGUAUUGUCAAGGAUUGGUUUGAGUUCACACAUUCAAUUUUUACAAUCCACACUGAAAUAAGGACUAGAAUUACCUGUAUUUUAAUCGAGGUGAACAGAGGGAGAACAACUUUUGUUCUGAACUUUCAGAAGGGUCUUUAUGAGGGUUUUGCAGGGGGAUUCUUCUGAUUAAGCUCGUCUGUUUUAUAAUUUUUUCUACAGCGAUGCCCUCCAUCAUCUCUUGACAUCUGUUUGAUUGGCAUGUACCCAUUUGCUGGAUCUCAGUAUGUGUUGGCUACUGGAGAACGUGUUGUGCUGUUGACAAGAGCUUCACACGAUGCCUUGCAAAGAAGCAAAAGGUGAUAAGUGGUAAAACAUGUUUUUUUAGGACAAUAAGGUUCUACAAGAGCUUGAAUUCCAGCUUGUCCUUUGGGCAAGCAGCUCUCUCAUUUUGCUUGCUCGGGGCCACUUCUUGCUUGUCUAAGCUAGUUACUGAGAACUUGCCGGGACCCUUGCUCAUUGGGUUUCAAGUAAGCUGUAAAAGUUACUUGCCCAGCAAGAAAAUCCACUUGUCCCAGUGCCUUGACGGGAUGUAUUUUUUGAGCCCUGGACAAGUUAAUUCAAAAAAUAGGAGACAUGGUGCAGAGGAUUUCAUAUAAAAUAGCAUGAAGAAUACAACCCUGUUAGUAUAAGAGCUCAAGAUGUUAAAGCCUGCAAGCAAGCUCUGCAUCUGGGGAAGUUGUGAGAAGUCAUGCUUGAGUGGCACAGAAAAGGGCAGGAAAAGAAAAGGAAUAGUUUGCCCUCAUGUGUUCUCUUGUGGCUCUGUUCUUUCACCAGAAAUAAAGCGUUUGCUCACAGACUGAAAAUGUUAACACUUUUUGCCUUACUCUCCUGUUUCUUGAAUUUUCAAGUUUUAGAAAUAGACCACCAAAGCCUCAACAGGAACAAGGAGACAGCAGUAAACCAGACUGGACAGUAUAUGUUUUGCAGAACAUGGAAUCAACCCAACUUUACAAAGCUGUGGUAUGUGGUGUGCUUGAAGAUGUUUGGAUGUUUUGUCCACAUUACAUGUGGAAACAAAUGACUUGCCCCUUGUGAGGUUAUCCGGAUUCUGGAAUCAGGGAAAUUUUUGCUUGUGGAAUACGAAAUUUUGGGCUUUCAAAUCUGUAAUCUACAUUAACUCGAGGAAUCUGGAGUCCUGCAUUAGAAGGAAUCUGGAAUGUAGUACCUAGAUUCUGGAAUCCACAGUGUAGGACUGCCUUAGAUUACCUUGUAUGGGGUGAAAUGAUGUUGAUGAUACUUUUCACAUUUUACAGAUGCCAUUAGCAAGUCGAUGUCAGAAGCACAAUGCACAGGCAUACCAACAUCUUGUUUGUGAGCAGCACAUGUUUCUAAGAAACCUUUGUUUGGCUAGUGUGACGGGCCAAGAGGACAAAAAGACAAAGAAAGUGCAGAAAUUGCUCUGUGAGUCUGCUGCAAAUCUGGCCGAUUUAUAUGCAAGGUAAGUGUAAAUGUUAUACUGUAGUUCAAAAUUAAAUUCAGGUUAAAAUGUUUUAACCCUGGUUGAUUUUCAAUUUCCUUUGUCUCUGAACCCCAACUAUUGAUAAAUUAGAGCUAGGAGUACCCAUGGGUGCCAGAGACUUUUCAUGCAUGGUGUCUGGUUUUGGUCAAGUCUGUGUAGUGACCAGUGCUAAAGCAUUUCGCCUGGCCUCGACACUCAUUGCUUCAUCCUUUGACCAAAGAUCUGUCAGCAGAAUCCAGCCGCACUAGAGAAAGAAACCUCUGGUACACAGGUUAGGCUAGGAGACGAAGAAAAUUGAGAAUCAACCAAAGGUAAAAAUUUAAUUCUUACCUAAAACUUAAACAUUAAAUCCACCCAUAGCUAAUCUUGCUACAGCUGUAUACAUGUAUGAAGCAUUAGACAGUCUUUUAAAAAUGGAUAACAUUUGGCAGUGUGUGUCAGUCCCAACAUGACAUGCACCUUUAAUGCCCGAAAGUUUUUGUUUUUGUUUUCAGGAUACCCAGUGUCUACCAAGAUAGUGCAGAUUACUUCAACAUGACUGGCCUCUCGCUGCGAGACAUUGUCAACAGGGCGUACCAUAAGUCUGGCCAGACGACUGUGGCUGAGGGUUUAAUCCACUUCCUGGAUGAAAAACUGCUGGGGUUCGAUGAACCUGUUCCUGUAUCUGAGGUAAGAUGCCGAGUUUUACAUGUAUCUGAGGUUUACGAAUGAUGUUGCUAUAAAGCAAAAGAUUUGACAUGCAGACGUAAUGAAAUUUCGGCGGCACUGCAGAACUUUAAAGAAGAGGAGUAGUUACGUCACGUUGUCAUGGUAGCAAAAUUUCUGGAUCACAGAUCCCAGAUCCAGAAAUUUUGCUACCAUGGUAACGUGACGUCACACUUCUCCUCUUGGUGACCCUCUAGUACUGGGUGCCCAGAAAAGGGCUAAUUGGUCUUGCGUAAUAUUUUUUAGGAGCAACAAAGUUAUGGGUUACAGCUGUUUAAAGAAAUCUCUUAGACUUCUUUCAUUCUUUUUUCAGAAUACAGCCAAGAAAAUCUUCAAGUUGUAUUCAAAAGGGAAACCUGAACGUGUUGCAGAGAUAAUUCUAGUGUCAUCUCUUAGUGGCUUUUCCUCAGGUAUGGUUCGAUAAGUCCAGCUAUACGAACGCAGACCUAUUUCCGGUCGUCACUUCUCGAAGACCGGAAAUACGUCCAGGCCAGAUCUGUCCAGCUCGGAACUAAAGAACGCUUUUCAAUUUCUAACUUUUGAUAGCAUUUCAAUGAUUCUUCUCUGUUGUUAACGUUUUGUUUCUGUUAAGACACCGCAUUAUCUGCGCUGGAAGAUCUGAAGAAGGCGAAAUUCGCUGAUGGAGGUGUGUACAGGUUAGUGAAUGUUUUUCAGUUGGUUAUUUGUCCAUUUAUGUACUUUAUUUCUUUGGAAACAGAUUUUGAUUUGAGCUAUUUUGUUUUAGCCUUUCUCCACUGGAUAACCUUGUGCGAGCAGUUUUAUAUCUUCAUCAAUGUGAACCUGAUCACGCGCAGGCAGCCCUGUUUUCCAUCCCUAAGGUACCUGUAAUAUUUUGCUCUAAUUUCUUUUUUUUAACAGAUCCAAGUACAGUCAAAGUUCUCGUGAGCAGUUCAUUAAAAUGGUUCAGCUGUAGCAUUUAGCUUGUCACCAGGUGCUUUCGUGGGAAAAAGAGCGAACAACGGAGCGAGCGCGAUGAAAGAGGCGAAUCGAGCGGGGGAUUGAGGACGCGGCUGUGGCGAAAAUCAUGCGACAUUUUUCUGGCGUUUGGCUGUUAAAAAAGUUUUUUUCGCGUUGGUUUGACACUUUCCCUUAAAAAACCUGUAUUUAACUACCCGUGUGUGAUUAUGUAAGAUUUUGCCGUCUAGUUCUUGGGGCUCUACAAAACUGCUUGCAGUUAAUAAGUCAUGACAUUUUUUUCAUGCAGAAAAAGCUUGUGGAAGUCCUGACUACACAUUAUUACCUGUUACACGAGGAUGGAACUCAUUUUACACCGCUGGCACAGGUGUGUAGUAUUAUUUCAAUCAUCAUGUGUCCGCUUUAAAGUAUUGGGAACGUCAAAUGAUGGUUAAUUUUUAACAUGAGCUGGAGUGUGACUAUUGCCUUAAAUCUUGUGUUCCUGGCCAUGACUAGCGAGAAAAGACAAAGGGAAACUUGGAGGGAUUUGUCGCUGCGGUAAUUAGGGACUUUUUAACAGGUAGCAAAAAAACUACGAAAAUCCAAAAAUGACGGUCAUUGGUGACCAACCCAAGCAACACAAAAACGGCCAAAAAGAUUACAAACGACCAAAAAAAAUGACCAAAAGACGAACAAAACGACCAGAACGACAAUAAUACAAAACUAUCAAAAGGAGCAAACAAAGAUCACAAUUAACGAAACUGACAAAAAUGAGCACAACGACCAUUGAAAGAGCCUUCAGAGUCGUUGCACUUGACGCGCGGGAAAACCCUCCCCUUUUUUCCACAACCCUCUUCUCAUAUCAGUAAUUUCUUCAACCGCAAAGGGUAAUAAUCGUUUUUGUUGUUUAUUAAACGUUGUUGCUUUUUUCAGCUUUUAAGAAAGCAUCAACCGGCGGUUUUCUUGCAAGGUCUUCUUCAGCUUCAUGACAAAUACAUCCUGUCGCUGGACACUCUUCUAACCUUGCUAGGGGUAAGAUCAAAACUUUGAUGCAAACUAACCCUUAAACUGCAAAUCUUUUUUUUUUUAAUCUGGAAAAAUAAUACCAUGUGAAAUAACUUGAUGCACAGAUUUCGUCUGAAUGGUUAAAGUAUGGCAUACUUUAAGGCUUUACUCUACCGAUUAAUAAGACAGAUCCACUUUGCCAAACAUUUUUAGCGGAAGGUCCUGCUUAGCACAUAAGUAUUUCAUCAAUAGACCUAAAAGUUUGUAUUACAGUAAAAAUUCUAACCUGCAUAAUUGCUUUGAGAUUAAAGUUUUUCAUCCAAAAAUGCCUUUGGUGUGUUUCCCAGUCGAGGCACAAAAAUGUAUUCCGCGACCUGCUCAGCCUGAAGUCCAAAAACGCGCGAAAUAUAAAAACCGGAAGCCAAUUCCCACUUGCACAGAGGGCAAUUUUUGGAAAUUCAGUAUGGAAGGAAAAAGAGUAACGACCCUUUCACGGUUUUUUCGACUUUUAACAUGGAUAAUUUAGGGAAAAUUCGUCAACUCUGCUAGAAAGAGCGCCUUUAAAUGAGAAAAUUUGCCAAGUUUGAAAGUGACUAGUUAAAAACAGACGUUUGUUUGGUGGGGGGCACGAACUUGCCGCCUACCGUAUUGUCUGUAAAUUUUCGAAACUUUGAAGAGUUAUAUCUUCGCUCACUUAAAACGUAUCACUUUCAAACUUAGCAAUUUUACUAAUUUCAAGGCGCUCUUUCCAUUGGUGUCGGCGGAUUUUCCCUAACUGGUUCAUGUCAAAAGUUGAAAAAAGCCGUGAAAGGGUCUAUUGAGCUAUGGGAGAGACGAUUAAUUACUCCAAUGCCUCGGUUGAAUUUAUUUAUUGUAAAGAAAUUAGCGUAUCUUGCUGCAGUUUGGCUAUAAAACUGAUCUGUGUGUUGGUCAUCUAUUGAGCUAUCGGGGAGAAGAUUAAUUACUCCAAUGCCUCGGAUGAAUUUAUUCACUUGUAAAGAAAAGCGUAUCUUGCCGCAGGUUGGUUGUAAAACUGAUCUAUGUGUUGAUCAUCUAUGAAGUGCGACCAGUCUUAUUUUAUUUAUGCUCUUACCUUCCAGGCUAGUAGACCAGAUGCUCAUCAGAAUGAACUUGCCAUUGGAUUUAUGGAAGCUGUGCUUAAUGGUUUGUGUGUAAUUNAUAUAUAUUUAUUUGUACUUAAUAAGGCCUGGAGCUGAAAUAAUCCUAAGAUUUUCUAGCCAGUUCUCCAGAAUUUAAAGUUUUAGAGAAUUGAGAUAGAAUUUAUUUCUAAAGAAGCAGUUUUAAAAUACAAUGUAUUAAGAAAGAAGGUGUAUAUGCUUAAGUUAUGUUAACUAUGUUGUUCUGACAGCAAAUAAGGUUUCAAUUGUUUUUGGAAUUGGUAUAUGUUUAGUUCUUUGCUGGAGUGUGACAAUUGCCUUAAAUCUUGUGUUCCUGGCCAUGACUAGCGAGAAAAGACAAAGGGAAACUUGGAGGGAUUUGUCGCUGCGGUAAUUAGGGACUUUUUAACAAGUAACAAAAAAACUACGAAAAUCCAAAGAUGACGGUCAUUGAUGACCAACGCAAGCAACACAAAAACGGCCAAAAAGAUUACAAACGACCAAAAAAAAAUGACCAAAAGACGAACAAAACGACCAGAACGACAAUAAUACAAAACUAUCAAAAGGAGCAAACAAAGAUCACAAUUAACAAAACUGACAAAAAUGAGCACAACGACCAUUGAAAGAGCCUUCAGAGUCGUUGCACUUGACGCGCGGGAAAACCCUCCCCUUUUUUCCACAACCCUCUUCUCAUAUCAGUCAUUUCUUCAACCGCAAAGGGUAAUAAUCGUUUUUAUUGUUUAUUAAACGUUGUUGCUUUUUUCAGCUUUUAAGAAAGCAUCAACCGGCGGUUUUCUUGCAAGGUCUUCUACAGCUUCAUGACAAAUACAUCCUGUCGCUGGACACUCUUCUAACCUUGCUAGGGGUAAGAUCAAAACUUUGAUGCAAACUAACCCUUAAACUGCAAAUCUUUUUUUUUAAAUCUGGAAAAAUAAACAAUACCAUGUAAAAUAACUUGAUGCACAGAUUUCGUCUGAAUGGUCAAAGUAUGGCAUACUUUAAGGCUUUACUCUACCAACUAAUAAGACAGAUCCACUUUGCCAAACAUUUUUAGCGGAAGGUACUGCUUAGCACAUAAGUAUUUCAUCAAUAGACCUAAAAGUUUGUAUUACAGUAAAAAUUUUAACCUGCAUAAUUGCUUUGAGAUUAAAGUUUUUCAUCCAAAAAUGCCUUUGGUGUGUUUCCCAGUCGAGGCACGAAAAUGUAUUCCGCGACCUGCUCAGCCUGAAGUCCAAAAACGCGCGAAAUAUAAAAACCGGAAGCCAAUUUUCACUUGCACAGAGGGCAAUUUUUGGAAAUUCAGUGUGGAAGGAAAAAGAGUAACGACCCUUUCACGGUUUUUUCGACUUUUAACAGGGAUAAUUUAGGGAAAAUUCGUCAACUCUGCUAGAAAGAGCGCCUUUAAAUGAGUAAAUUUGCCAAGUUUGAAAGUGACUAGUUAAAAAAAGACGUUUGUUUGGUGGGGGGCACGAACUUGCCGCCUACCGUGAUGUCUGUAAAUUUUCGAAACUUUGAAGAGUUAUAUCUUCGCUCACUUAAAACGUAUCACUUUCAAACUUAGCAAUUUUACUAAUUUCAAGGCGCUCUUUCCAUUGGUGUCGACGGAUUUUCCCUAACUGGUUCAUGUCAAAAGUUGAAAAAAGCCAUGAAAGGGUCUAUUGAGCUAUGGGAGAGAAGAUUAAUUACUCCAAUGCCUCAGUUGAAUUUAUUUAUUGUAAAGAAAAGCGNAAAAAAAAUGACCAAAAGACGAACAAAACGACCAGAACGACAAUAAUACAAAACUAUCAAAAGGAGCAAACAAAGAUCACAAUUAACAAAACUGACAAAAAUGAGCACAACGACCAUUGAAAGAGCCUUCAGAGUCGUUGCACUUGACGCGCGGGAAAACCCUCCCCUUUUUUCCACAACCCUCUUCUCAUAUCAGUCAUUUCUUCAACCGCAAAGGGUAAUAAUCGUUUUUAUUGUUUAUUAAACGUUGUUGCUUUUUUCAGCUUUUAAGAAAGCAUCAACCGGCGGUUUUCUUGCAAGGUCUUCUACAGCUUCAUGACAAAUACAUCCUGUCGCUGGACACUCUUCUAACCUUGCUAGGGGUAAGAUCAAAACUUUGAUGCAAACUAACCCUUAAACUGCAAAUCUUUUUUUUUAAAUCUGGAAAAAUAAACAAUACCAUGUAAAAUAACUUGAUGCACAGAUUUCGUCUGAAUGGUCAAAGUAUGGCAUACUUUAAGGCUUUACUCUACCAACUAAUAAGACAGAUCCACUUUGCCAAACAUUUUUAGCGGAAGGUACUGCUUAGCACAUAAGUAUUUCAUCAAUAGACCUAAAAGUUUGUAUUACAGUAAAAAUUUUAACCUGCAUAAUUGCUUUGAGAUUAAAGUUUUUCAUCCAAAAAUGCCUUUGGUGUGUUUCCCAGUCGAGGCACGAAAAUGUAUUCCGCGACCUGCUCAGCCUGAAGUCCAAAAACGCGCGAAAUAUAAAAACCGGAAGCCAAUUUUCACUUGCACAGAGGGCAAUUUUUGGAAAUUCAGUGUGGAAGGAAAAAGAGUAACGACCCUUUCACGGUUUUUUCGACUUUUAACAGGGAUAAUUUAGGGAAAAUUCGUCAACUCUGCUAGAAAGAGCGCCUUUAAAUGAGUAAAUUUGCCAAGUUUGAAAGUGACUAGUUAAAAAAAGACGUUUGUUUGGUGGGGGGCACGAACUUGCCGCCUACCGUGAUGUCUGUAAAUUUUCGAAACUUUGAAGAGUUAUAUCUUCGCUCACUUAAAACGUAUCACUUUCAAACUUAGCAAUUUUACUAAUUUCAAGGCGCUCUUUCCACUGGUGUCGACGGAUUUUCCCUAACUGGUUCAUGUCAAAAGUUGAAAAAAGCCAUGAAAGGGUCUAUUGAGCUAUGGGAGAGAAGAUUAAUUACUCCAAUGCCUCAGUUGAAUUUAUUUAUUGUAAAGAAAAGCGUAUCUUUCACUUUGUGAAAUCAUCUUUCACUUAUCUUUCAGUUUGGCUAUAAAACUGAUCUGUGUGUUGGUCAUCUAUUGAGCUAUCGGAGAGAAGAUUAAUUUCUCCAAUGCCUCGGUUGAAUUUAUUCACUCGUAAAGAAAAGCGUAUCUUGCCGCAGGUUGGGUGUAAAACUGAUCUAUGGGUUGAUCAUCUAUGAAGUGCGACCAGUCUUAUUUAAUUUAUGCUCUUACCUUCCAGGCUAGUAGACCAGAUGCUCAUCAGAAUGAACUUGCCAUUGGAUUUAUGGAAGCUGUGCUUAAUGGUUUGUGUGCAAUUAAAAGAACGUAUAAACUAUCAUCCAUUUACACUGCUUAGACGAAGGGAUUGUUUCACCCAACUGCGUUUGGUUGUUCAUAGAAAUAAAUGUAUUUGAGUUUUUUUUUACGUUAUUUUUUUGUUCCAGAUAAAGGCAGAGUUGACUCGUUUGCUGCAACUGUGGUAAUUAAGUUUUUUCAUCCUUAGGACAUGUGUUUUUACUUCAAGUAGACCUAUUUAAAGUAGUCAUUAUUCCCCCGGGAAGCAUUCUGCCGCUCAACUGAGUUUUCUCGCUUGGCUAAUUUUGAAUGAUUCCCAGUGUUGUUAGACCAAAACGAAACCUGGACUAUUGAACCAAUCACAAUACGCAGACACUCAAAUGAACCAAUCACAAAAGACGCAAAUUCUCAACGAAACCAAUUACAAUACACGCAGAAAUUGAAUUAAACUAAUCGAUCGGGACGAAAGUACAUGUAGCCGGUGCUAACCACGACCCCGCGUGGGUAAGCUUUUGACUGUUAUAGCGAGUACAAGAGUAUGCAACGCGUAUCAACAAACACCACUGAAUCGUAGUCAACAGCUACUGGCGCCGUACAAACGACUUAUUGUUGGAAUCAAGUAAAACUAACUACGAGAGAUCCACUGGACAACUGACAAUUUGACUAGACUAACAAUGAACUACUGUUUAACUGUGACAAUAGACGGAUCGAAACGCACCAAUGACCUUACGAAUCUUCACAGCCAAUAACAUCACGGCUUAACUGACAGACGACCAAUAACAUCUCGACUUAAUUGACCAAACAGGUCAAUAACCAGAGUUUAAUACGACUCACUUUGACUCUCAAGGUGACAACCGCACAGGUUGUCGAAACGUCAGUCACUGUCAACAACAACAGUCCUAUUCAGCUCUACAUUCACCCGGACGAUCAUACUCAACCCACUUAUGCGUAUCAACAAGUUGCGAAUGGUCUCAGUUACUUCUGAUUGGUUGAGUUAAUGGCACAAUAUUUUAGCCAGUCACAAUAAGAAAUAUGGAAUAGGUACGUUCGUCCGUCGGUUGCCGCUUAACCAUAGGUUUUUCACUCUUUAUAGAUUCCAUUAUGUAGUGUAUAUCUAGAAAGAAUCAGGAGCCACAGAAGAAAGCGC